GACAACAGAACGAACCAUAUGCUCAGCGUCUUGACCUUGGGUGGGUCAUUGUUGGAAGUGUGUGUCUCGGGGGUGCGCACAAGCCAACUAGCAUUAGUUGCUACAGAACCAAUGUCCUCCAGAAUGGACGAGCUUCAGUUUGUAGCCCAUGUAAGAGUACAAUCCAGAUUAAAGAGAAGUUCAGCUACCAAAGUCCAAACUUGAGUUUGCAGAGCUCCAUGCUAAAAAUGGAUAUUGAGGCAGACGAUCUUGGCAGACGAGUGUUUCAAAGAACGCAGCAUGACGACAAGCUAGCUCUGUCAAUUGAAGAUGAGAACUUCCUGGAAACACUAGAGAAACAAGCCUAUAGAGACAGCUCCAACACAUGGGUUGCCCCCUUACCCUUCAGGAAACCACGGAACCUUCUACCAAAUAACAAAGCUGAAGCCUUGAGGCGUCUCUCAUCCCUCCGGCGAACGUUAUAUAAGAAGCCUAAGAUGCAAGAACAUUUCAUUAAAUUCAUGCAAAACAUGUUUGAUGAAAAACAGGCUGAGCCAGCUCCACCACUUCAAGACAGUCAGGAGUGCUGGUACUUACCUUUUUUUGGGGUUUAUCAUCCUCAAAAGCCAGACAAAAUUAGGGUAGUGUUUGACUCUAGCGCCAAACAUGAAGGUGUUUCUCUCAACAGCGUGCUGAUGAGUGGACCAGAUCUAAACAACAAUCUGGUGGGAGUCCUAAUUCGUUUCCGCAAAGAACCUGUUGCAGUCACCGCUGAUGUGCAGCAGAUGUUCUACUGCUUCACAGUCUCAGAGGAGCAUCGAGACUACUUAAGAUUUUUAUGGUAUUCAGACAACGACCUUCAAAAGACAGUGAAAGAGUUUCGAAUGACUGUACACGUCUUUGGCAACAGUCCGUCGCCAGCAGUUGCAAUUUACUGCCUAAGACGAGCUGCCCUGGAAGCAGAGGAUUCCAACACUGAUGCAAGAGACUUUGUCAUGCGGAACUUCUAUGUGGACGACGGGCUCGCUUCGUUCCCGACGGAAGCAGAGGCCAUCAAUGUCUUACAAGCAUCCCAAGAAAUGCUUGCUGAGUCUAACAUCAAGCUUCAUAAGAUAGCCUCCAACAGCAACAUUGUCAUGCAGGCAUUUGAUCCAGCAGACCGAGCCAAAGAACUGAAAGACCUGGAUCUAGGAGUAGAACCACUCCCGCUUCAAAGAAGUCUGGGUCUCAGCUGGAACCUUGAGUCAGACAGCUUCACCUUCUCUGUUUCCCAUGAGGAGAAGGCUGUCACUAAAAGAGGUAUUCUGUCAACGGUUAACAGCUUGUUUGAUCCUUUGGGAUUUGCUUCACCUGUCACAAUUGGAGGAAGAAACAUAAUGAGAGAACUAUCUCUUGAACACUAUGACUGGGAUACUCCACUCCCAGCCGCAAAACAGGAGAAAUGGAAGCUCUGGAGGGAUUCAAUGAAAGAACUAGUGCAACUCCAGAUUCCCAGGUGCUACGUUCCUGUCUCUCUGGCUAAACAGACACAGUACAGAGAGCUCUGUGUGUUUUCAGACGCAUCAAACAUCGCCAUAGCUGCUGUGGCCUAUCUAAAAGCAGUCAGCACUACAGGAGACUGUCAUGUUGGGUUUAUUAUGGGUAAAUCCAAGCUAGCUCCACGUCCAGCUCAUACUAUCCCACGUUUAGAGCUGUGUGCAGCUGUCUUAGCCGUCGAGUUGGCAGACUUCCUGAAAGAUGAACUGGACAUUGAUGUGCAUGCAGUGAAAUUCUACACAGAUAGCAAAAUCGUGUUGGGCUACAUUCACAAUACCUCACGCCGAUUCUAUGUAUAUGUUUCCAACCGAGUUGUACGGAUAAGGAAGUCUUCACAUCCACACCAGUGGUCUUAUGUCAACACUGAGGAAAAUCCUGCAGAUCAUGGCACACGGCCAGUAACCGCUGCAGCUCUCAAAGACACCAACUGGUUCUCUGGGCCAUUGUUUUUGUCAAACUCUCAGCCAGAAGCCACCACUCAGACAGACAACUUCGAGUUGGUGCAUCCGGAUGUGGAUCAAGAGAUCCGACUUGAGGUAACAACCUAUAUUACAAAGGUGACAGGAAGUCUUCUCAGAUCCCACAGAUUUGAGAGAUUCUCCACCUGGAAGUCGCUGACAAGAGCAGUUUCCAGGCUGAUUCAGGGAGCGAGAACUGCAUUGAAAACUCCGAUUGUCUGUGGUGCUAGAGAAAGUGAAAGUGCACAAGCUACAACAGUAAUUAUCAAAGCUGUGCAGCAAGAUUUCUUCUCAAAAGAAGUCCAAUGUCUUUCAAAAGGAGAUCCAAUUCCAAAGCAAAGCUCAUUAAUAAAGCUGACCCCAUUCUUGGACAAGGAUGGACUGUUGAGAAUUGGGGGCCGCACAUCCUCAGCAAACUUGCCCUUUGAUGACAAACACCCUUUAAUCAUUCCCAAAUCUCACGUUGCUACCUUGUUGGUAAGACACUAUCACGAGCAAGUCGCACAUCAAGGAAGACAUUUCACAGAAGGUGGUGUUAGAUCAGCUGGACUGUGGCUAAUUGGGGAAAAGAGACUUGUGUCAAAUGUGAUACAUAAAUGCAUUUUCUGCAGGAAAUUAAGAGGGAAACUGGAGGAACAAAAAAUGUCUGACUUGCCACAGGACAGACUUUCUCCAGAACCACCGUUCACACAUGUCGGCUUAGACAUUUUCGGCCCAUGGACAGUGAUCGCCAGAAGAACAAGAGGAGGUCAUGCUGAAAACAAACGUUGGGCAAGCAUGUUCACGUGCUUGAGCACCAGAGCGGUGCACAUUGAAGUGAUAGAGUCCAUGACCACGGCAAGCUUCAUUAAUGCACUCAGACGUUUUGCAGCAAUCAGAGGACCUGUGAAAACACUUCGUUCUGAUCGAGGUACAAACUUCAUCGGGGCCUGCUAAGAACUCAGUUUUAACACCGAUGACUCUGAUUUGAAAACUUACCUUCAAAACAACAAAUGCACCUGGACCUUCAAUCCCCCUCACUCCUCUCACAGGGGUGGAGUGUGGGAGAGAAUGAUCGGUGUUGCAAGACGUAUCCUGGAUGCUCUUCUCCUAAAAAAGAAAACAUCCCUCCUCACACAUGAAGGUCUUAUCACUCUGAUGGCAGAGGUCACUGCUGUUAUGAACUCCAGGCCCUUGGUGCCUAUAUCUUCUGAUCCAGAAGAACCAGCAGUUCUCACUCCAUCGAUGUUGCUGACACAGAAGGUGGAGUCGCUGUCAGCUCCUGUUGGAGAUUUUGAUGCCAACGAUCUGUCCAGCAAGCACUGGAGGAAAGUUCAGGGCCUUGCUGAUGCAUUUUGGAGAAGAUGGAGACUGGAGUACUUGGCCACACUUCAACCCAGGAGGAAGUGGCAUGCUGUGAAACGUGACCUGCAGGAAGGAGAUGUUGUCCUUCUUAAGGACGCACAGGCCAAAAGAACAGACUGGUCGACUGGACUUGUUGUUAAGACUAUACCUAGCCAAGAUGGUAGAGUGCGGAAAGUUGAAGUUAAAGUAGUCAGACAGGGUACACCUAAAGUUUACUUGAGGCCUAUCUCAGAAAUAGUUUUUCUCUUUGAUAAUCCCAGUACAUAGUGGUAUAAAGUGUUAUACCAGGCGAGGAGUGUGCUGCCUCUGUUCUUGUUGCUAUGCACCACCAGGUGGCGCUUCAUAGUUUGGCCUUGGUUAUAAUUCCUGAUGUGAGUUUUGAGCCUUGCAGGCAUCCGUAGCUACUUCCUGUUCUGUUCUGCAACCAACAAGUGAAUUCGUGGCAGAGUCUUCAGUUAUUAUUGUUGUUCCCCGUUUUCUCAAGAGUGAGGAAAAUAUAUGCCUUUUUACAGUAUUCAUGUGGAGACAAUAAAGCGUGGCCUGAACCCACAAAACGUUGUCUUUUUUAUGAAGACUGUUCACUACCUGCCAACUUAACAAGACGUUGGGGAGGGCAGAAUAACCCACACUCCCGACCUCCACACUCCGUUCCGCCCAGCCCACUCGCUACCCUCUGAUCCCCGGCUCCACUGCUCUGUCCCCGGACUCCUCUCCUCCACACCACCCCGGAUUCCCCUCUGGCUUGUCACCCCUCCACGAAUCCCUCACCUUCCCUCAAUAAAUCACUCUCUUUACCUGCCUCUGCGGCGUGUUCUCUGUUCGGGUUCUCCUGCUCGUAAACGUGACAAUGAUGGUUUAGCUGUUCACCUAAAACGUGCCAGAACUAAAUGAUCCCUUUACUGUUGACUCUUUAAUCUUCAGCAGGUCAGGUGGUAGAGUGAACGGGUUACACUGCUGCAUCUGCAUUGGUGGUUCUGCCUGCCAUGGUUCCUUUGGUUUGGUAAAACAGAGAACCUGGGGGUCCAGGUGGUAGUGCUGACUGUUAGGUUGGAUGUCAUUUGUCUGUAGUUGUGUGCAAUAAGUUUCCAUCCAUCCUGAUAUGUGGGCUGAGUUCCACAGGCAUUACAUUACAGUACAACCCCCCUCAUAUUUAUUGUUUAAUUCAAGACCCCCUGCAGUCAAAAUCAACUUUUCAACGUCACUAACAUGUUCACAUGGAGUUUUAAUAAACUAGAGCAGGGAUGUGCAAAAAAGUAUGUUCUGAAAAUGUUCAAGGUAUUAAAGAAUGAUCUUUUUACAAAACAUUACGAACA